ACUGAUCAGCAAACUUUAGUUGAAAACAUUUAAUUUGAUUAGCCUGAGGCUUGAGAGCCUGACCACCAAGGCAGGCGUUAGACAGAUUCAUGAUCAUAGGACCUCUAUCUUCUCUCUAUUAGUUUUUCUCCCUCCCUGCAUCCCUCUCUCAGCAAGCAAGUAAUGUGGUGCAAAUAAUUAACAGUACGUAGUACUGAGCGAGUAAAUUAUGGAUCCUGAAGAACCAGGAAAUGGUUUCUCAAGCAGGACCAUUCCUCUCCUGGUUAGCAGCACUAGCAGUAGCAGCAGCAGCAAUCACACCAGGGAUCCCAUUAUUAUCCACUCCCUUUCAACGUCGGGCAAUACCUCUUUUUAUAAAACUUGUUUCAACGGCCUCAACGCUUUAUCAGGAGUUGGAAUACUCUCAGUACCAUAUGCCUUGUCAUCAGGCGGAUGGUUCAGCUUGAUGCUACUGCUAGUUAUUGCAUCCUCUGCUCUUUAUACUGGCUUGCUUAUCCAGAGAUGCAUGGAUAUGGAUCCAAGCAUAAGGAGCUACCCCGAUAUCGGUGAGCGCGCAUUUGGGGCAAAAGGAAGAGCACUUGUAUCCAUUGUAAUGAAUACUGAACUCUAUAUGGUGGCAACCGGUUUCUUGAUUCUUGAAGGAGAUAAUUUAUACAACUUGCUCCCCGAUGUCAAUUUCGAAAUUGGGGGUCUUAAAAUCGGAGGAAGAGAGAGCUUUGUUAUCAUGGUUGGCCUUAUAAUACUGCCUACUGUUUGGUUGAACAACAUGAGCAUCCUUUCUUAUAUUUCUGCCAGCGGAGUUGUAGCUUCUCUCCUACUUCUUUGUUCAAUCUUCUGGGCUGGGGAGUUUGAUGGCAUUGGAUUUCAUCACAAGGGAGUUCUAAUAAAUUGGAGCGGAAUUCCUACUGCUGCGAGCCUUUAUUCCUUCUGUUACUGCGCUCAUCCAGUUUUUCCCACCUUGUACACUUCCAUGAGAGAUCAGAGACAAUUUUCCAAGGUUCUGGGAAUAUGCUUUCUUGUAUGCACUAUUUCGUAUGCAUUGAUGGCAAUUGUGGGUUACCUGAUGUUCGGUUCAGAACUCAUGUCUCAAAUAACAUUGAACCUUCCAAUCGACAAGAUUAGCUCGAGAGUGGCAAUAUACACCACAUUGGUCAAUCCCAUAGCCAAAUAUGCUCUGAUGGUAAUACCAAUUGUGAAUGCCAUUGAGACUAGGCUGCCGUUAAAUUGUCAUAAAAGGUCAUAUAGCCUCUUCGUCCGAACCAGCCUGGUCCUUAGCACCGUUAUUGUGUCCCUGGCCAUACCGCUUUUUGGGUAUCUCAUGUCACUUGUUGGAGCAUUUCUUAGCGUCACAGCCUCCGCCAUACUUCCUUGCCUGUGCUUCUUGAAGAUUUCUGGCAUUUACCAGACAUUAGGUCUUGAGCAGCUGGUAAUAGUCGGCAUUGUCUUGAUGGGCAUUUCUAUUAUGAUAGUUGGAACCUAUACAUCUGUGAUGGAAAUUGUAAUGCAUUUUGUAACGUGACUUUUACCCAUUCAAGGUAAUUCCCUGAUUCACUGGCA